UUCUUCUUCUGGGUAUUCCUUAAACCUCUCCCAGUUUCAUUUUCUCUUCCAAAAUUCUAUUAAAGAUCACUUUUUUUAAUUUUACCCUUUUUUAUAUCAAGUUUUUUUAGCUUCUCUUUUUCAUUUCAUGGUGUUCAGCUUUGUUUUUACAAGGUUUGUGAAGAAGAGAUAAGAUAAGAAGAUGGUUAUUGAUGGGUAGUAGACGUAGAAUUGUAAACGUGAGCAGUGAAAACACUGACAAAGUUGUUAACGGGAUGCCAAGCUACGCUCCUCCAUUGCCUCCUAAUUCCAUGGGCAUGGAAGGAACUAAUAUUCAUCCUUCUCGAAUUUCUGAAUUUGGAGCCCUUGAACAAUCUCUUGGAUUUCGUGUUGAGGAUGCCAUGAAUCUGAGCAGAAAUCCAGUGUUUAAUCAAAUGAAAUCAAAUAGCCAAGCUUUAGGUGCCGAUAUUCAAUUUGGUGCUUUAAGUAAGUCAAUUGCAAACUCGGAUAUAAAUCUCUCUGCUGCAAUUGCUGGGUCUCAGACAUUACAAUUACAAAGAGACUCACAGCCAAAUUUGGCUUCAACAUCUGGUGGCCAUCGUGAGAACUGGGGAGAGUCCAACAUGGCUGAUGGAAGCCCUGAUACUUCAACAGAUGAUACAGAAGACAAAAAUCGAAUGCUUGAAAGGGGAGAUUCAAGUGAAAGAUCAAAAGAUAAAUCGGAUCAAAAGACGUUAAGACGGCUAGCUCAAAAUCGUGAGGCUGCCAGAAAAAGCCGACUGAGGAAAAAGGCAUACGUGCAACAAUUAGAGAGCAGUAGGCUGAAACUGACGCAACUGGAGCAAGAGCUACAGCGAGCACGCCAGCAGGGAAUAUUUAUUUCAAGCACAGGAGAGCAGACCCAUUCAAUGAGUGGAAAUGGCGCAAUGGCAUUUGAUGUAGAAUACGCACGAUGGUUAGAAGAGCAUAAUAGGCAAACCAAUGAGCUAAGGGCUGCAAUAAAUUCUCAUGCUGGGGAUAUUGAACUCCGUACCAUUGUCGACAAUUUCAUGACUCAAUUUGAAGAUAUCUACAGGCUGAAAGGUAUUGCAGCAAAAGCUGACGUUUUCCACAUUCUAUCAGGAAUGUGGAAGACUCCAGCUGAGAGGUGUUUCAUGUGGAUAGGUGGCUUCCGCUCAUCCGAACUUCUUAAGCUUCUAGUAAGUCAUUUGGAGCCAUUAACCGAGCAACAGUUAAUGGGCAUCUACAACUUGCAACAGUCAUCUCAACAGGCUGAAGAUGCUCUCUCCCAAGGAAUGGAUGCAUUGCAGCAAUCACUCUCUGAGACAUUAGCUAAUGGUUCACCCAAUCCAUCAAAUUCUUCUGGAAAUGUGGCAAAUUACAUGGGGCAAAUGGCUAUGGCUAUGGGAAAGCUUGGUACUCUCGAGGGGUUUCUUCGCCAGGCUGAUAAUCUGCGGCAGCAAACGUUGCAACAAAUGCUUCGAAUAUUAACAACUAGGCAAUCAGCUCGAGCUCUUCUCGCAAUAAGCGAUUAUUUCUCCCGGCUGCGAGCCCUGAGUUCUCUAUGGCUUGCGCGGCCAAGAGAGUGAAAUGUUUCUAAGCUCUAUUUAUGUUCUUUCAACGUUCUGCAUGAAGCGGGACGUCUUUUUGGGAAUGAAUCCCUGUUGUGAAGAAGAAGCCUAGUUGUGGUGCUUGUAAACAUUAGAUACUAUGAUUUUUCUAUUCUCCUCCACCUACUGCUGGUGUGGUACAACAUUUUUCUUUAAGCUUUUCUAUGCUUUGAAAAAUAGUCUCAAUAAUAAUUUGAUUAUUAUUAUAUAGGUGUAUGAUAGAUAGAGUUGAAGGGGGGAAAAUGUAGAAAUAGUAUUUGUAUUUUAGGUUACAGCUGUUCAUUGUAUUCCAGAAAUCAAGCUUUAUUUGAGGGUUAUUUCCUCUCUUGUAGUUUAUUUUUAUGCUUUAUGGUUUGUGGUUGCACAUUGGUGUAUGUAUAUAUACGUUUUUCUCUUGUUGUAUUGGAAACACAUUACUGACUAGUAGAUCAAUAUGUCUUGUGGCAAAUAUAUUUGUA